AUGGCAUUGGUAGACGAAACCUCUAACCGCGGAAAACCAGUGCUUGACAAAUGGUCAGAGAUUGAGGCACGGUUGUCUCGCAUAGUCAUUGACCAUGUCAUGGCGAAUCCGGAGGCCCAAACACCAGGUUUCGAUUCGGUGGAGGUAGUCCGCGGUUACCGUGUCAUUAAAUGCGAUGACCAAUUCUCACUGCAUUUCCUGACAAACGUGAUUGGUAAAAUCCAGAACAGCUGGGAAGGCUUGAAACUCAAGCUAAUUCCGGCUAGCGAGAUUCCACGAAGGCCGAGGGCUCGUAUCUGGGUACCAAACAUGAAGUUUGAUGCCAGUCAACUAAUCCCCUACCUUCAGGCGCAUAAUCGCUCGGUGCCGAUGACCGAUUGGUCGAUCAUCAAAGCGGAGGCUCCGCAAAGGCACAGCAGGUCAUUCCUUCUUCUAAUUACAGAAGAGAGUUUGGAACCACUGGAGAAAGUGGGAAACAAACUUCAGUUUGGGAUCAGGAAGACCCAGCUGAAGAUAUUCCGUUCUGCAAACCCGGAGCAGGAUGAGGUCGAUGGUGCCAACGAACUGCUGACUGGCAUGCAGCUAGAUGACACCGAGUCCGAAAAAGGAAACCAAUAA